AUUUGUUUUAAUGAUUCAAGUCAAGUUCAAAUUCUAAGCAAUACAAUUUCUACUUCACUUUUAUUGAAAAGUGCACAUGGGUUUAAGAGGUUCAUUUUCGAACCAAUGGCCAAGUACGAUUUCAUCAUAUUACUUGUUUGCAUCCAUGGAUGUCUCUCCAUGGAAUGGAGUGCAAACGACACAGCGAACUUAGAUCAAUUCAUAGCAACGACGAUGGAAUGCAGGAAUGUGCCGGGGAUGUUCCUAACUAUUGUAAAGGAUGAUGAGGUUACACUGAGCAGAGGCUAUGGCUUUAAGAAUGUUGAAACAAAGGAACCGUUUACCACGCAGACACCA